AUGUCCAUUUAUAAAUGGCCCAAAAAAGUAGUGCAUGCUUGUGAAAGAAUUAUUAGGAACUACUUAUGGUCAGGAAAUGCUGAGGAUAAAAAGUGCAUUACUCUUAAAUGGGAUAAAGUUUGUACUUCUACAGAAGAAGGAGGCCUUGGUAUAAGAAAAUUAGAAGAUUUGAACAAAGCUCUACUAAUGAAAUUUUUAUGGAAAAUGCUUCAUUCUAAUGAUGAGUGGGCUAAGUUCUUUCUUGCUAAAUAUACUGAUAGAAAUGGGAACUGGAUAUCAUUUUACAAGAGAUCAUUUGUUUGGCCAGGCAUAAGAUGGGUUAUUCAGGAAUUCAAUGAGCUUACAAGAUGGUCUGUUGGGGAUGACAAUAAAAUUUCUCUAUGGCAUGAUAGAUGGAUUUAUGAAGAACCUAUCAGUUACUUAUUUCCCAAUCAUAAUUUCAUAAAUCAAAAUUCCCAUCAAUUGGUUAGCAGUUUAAUUGUGAAUGGGAAAUGGUGUAUUCCUGAAGAUUUUCUCCAGUUCAUUCAAAUUGAACAACUCCCAGUCAUAAGAGAGGGUGCAGAUAUGCUUGUGUGGUGUAAUAGUAUUUUUAGUAAGUUUAUUGUAUCUGAUGCAAUUACAAAGAUUAGCUCUCAUAUGCCUAAACAUCACUGGUAUAAAAAUAUCUGGAAUGUUGCAGUUUUACCUUCAACUGCAGAAAAUAUUUGUGUAGAUGGAGAUUUACUGUUGUUGCUUAUUAUGCUUGCAUGUGAGAAUUCCUACUUUCUUUUGCUUGUUUACGCUGUAUGGGAACUUGGGUUUUGUUCCAUUUUGAAUAUUGAUGAUGGUUUCGGUAUGACAGUUCUUCGCCUGCAACUUUGA